CUGCCGGCCGGCAGGGGGAGCGAAGGAUCCAGCAGAUCCGGCGCGGCCUGGAAGGCGCGCGGCCAGCGGCCAGAGCAGCUUCUGGGAAUUCCAGUUUCGCUCAGGCGGCGGCGGCGGCUGCGGCAGGUCGUCCCUGAACUACAAGCCGGAAAGCAAACCCUGGUUUCAUUAUUUCAAGAAAUUAUAGACCGGAGUAAAAUGCCUCUUAAGUCAGAGAAAGGAAGGACCCUGAAAUGUAUGCAACAUGCACUUACCUCCAUUUUAGAAGAGUAGGAAACUGAGGGAUGAUGUCUUAUAGUACUUCUACCGCAAAGAACAGGAAGUAAUGCCUCUUGUUUGCCUGUUUGUUGGCAAUGACAUGGAUAAAAGGCUGGCAUUUAUUUCUGUUCUAAUCAACUACUACAUAACUGUGAAUAGAAGCUAUGCAUAUUUGUUGGUCAGCAAAAGCAAGGAACAAGAGCUAUGGCAUUUGAAAAAGUCCAUCUGAUUUCAGGGUAUUUUUUCCAGGUUUCAUCAUCAGGGACUUUCUCCCUUCCAUCUCAACAACAAGGUGGCACCUUUUACCAUUUGAUAAAGAUUAAGGACAUGCUCUUUGGCCAACAACCAGAACUUAAAAUCUGCUGGAAGAGGGUCAGAGACCAUUUCAGUUGCAGCUGAGGAAAAUGAAGUUUCCGUUUUAUUUGAUGCCUUGCACAGGGGAGAGCACCAACUCUUGUAGCAAAGUGUAAGUGGACAAAGAGAUUUAGUUUUGUGGAAUAAACACUCAUGGUUAUGGCGAGUGACCCAACGUGAUCAGAGGUGGCGAGAGCCGCAGAGGAACUCAUGACAGGCUAUACCAUGUUGCGGAAUGGGGGCGUGGGGAACGGAGGUCAGACCUGUAUGCUGCGCUGGUCCAACCGUAUCCGCCUCACGUGGCUCAGUUUUACGCUCUUCAUUAUCCUGGUUUUCUUCCCCCUCAUUGCUCACUAUUAUCUCACCACACUGGAUGAGGCUGAUGAGGCAGGCAAGAGGAUUUUUGGCCCACGGGCUGGUAAUGAGCUCUGCGAGGUAAAGCAUGUGCUGGAUCUCUGUCGCAUCCGCGAGUCUGUAAGUGAAGAGCUCUUACAGCUGGAAGCCAAGCGGCAAGAGCUGAACAGUGAAAUCGCCAAGCUGAACCUGAAGAUUGAAGCCUGUAAGAAGAGUAUUGAGAAUGCCAAGCAGGACCUGCUGCAGCUCAAGAAUGUCAUUAGCCAGACCGAACAUUCCUACAAGGAGCUGAUGGCCCAAAAUCAGCCCAAGCUUUCUCUGCCCAUCCGAUUGCUCCCAGAGAAGGAUGAUACCGGCCUUCCCCCUCCAAAGGUCACGCGAGGGUGUCGGCUGCACAACUGUUUUGAUUAUUCUCGUUGCCCUCUCACCUCUGGCUUCCCAGUGUAUGUGUAUGACAGUGACCAGUUUGCCUUUGGCAGCUACCUGGAUCCUUUAGUCAAGCAGGCUUUUCAGGCUACAGCACGAACCAACGUAUAUGUUACAGAAAAUGCAGACAUUGCCUGCCUGUAUGUGAUAUUGGUGGGAGAAAUGCAGGAGCCUGUAGUCCUGCAGCCUGCCGACCUUGAGAAGCAGUUGUAUUCUCUUCCGCAUUGGCGGACAGAUGGACACAAUCAUGUCAUCGUCAGUCUGUCCCGGAAAUCAGACACGCAGAAUUUACUGUAUAACAUCAGCACGGGCCGUGCCAUGGUGGCCCAGUCCACCUUUUAUGCUGCCCAGUACAGACCUGGCUUUGACUUGGUAGUAUCGCCACUAGUCCAUGCCAUGUCAGAACCCAACUUCAUGGAAAUCCCACCACAGGUGCCCGUCAAGCGGAAAUAUCUCUUCACUUUCCAGGGUGAGAAGAUUGAGUCCCUGAGAUCCAGCCUUCAGGAGGCUCGCUCGUUUGAAGAAGAAAUGGAGGGUGAUCCUCCUGCUGACUAUGAUGAUCGGAUCAUUGCCACGCUAAAGGCAGUCCAGGACAGUAAGCUAGAUCAGGUCCUCGUAGAAUUUACCUGCAAAAACCAGCCUAAGCCCAGUCUGCCUACUGAGUGGGCAUUGUGUGGGGAGCGGGAGGACCGCUUAGAAUUACUGAAGCUUUCCACCUUUGCCCUCAUCAUUACUCCUGGGGACCCUCGCUUGGUUAUUUCAUCUGGGUGUGCAAUACGGCUCUUUGAAGCCCUGGAGGUCGGUGCUGUCCCAGUUGUGCUGGGGGAGCAAGUACAGCUUCCUUACCAAGACAUGCUGCAGUGGAAUGAGGCGGCCCUGGUGGUGCCCAAGCCACGGGUGACUGAGGUUCACUUCCUGUUACGAAGUCUCUCUGAUAGUGAUUUACUGGCUAUGAGGCGCCAAGGCCGGUUUCUCUGGGAGACUUACUUCUCCACUGCUGACAGUAUUUUUAACACUGUGCUGGCUAUGAUUCGGACUCGCAUACAGAUCCCAGCUGCUCCUAUCCGGGAAGAGGUAGCAGCCGAGAUUCCCCACCGUUCAGGCAAAGCUGCUGGAACUGACCCCAACAUGGCUGACAAUGGGGACCUGGACCUGGGGCCGGUAGAGACGGAGCCACCUUACGCCUCACCCAGAUACCUCCGCAACUUCACUUUGACUGUCACUGACUUUUACCGCAGCUGGAACUCUGCUCCAGGGCCUUUCCAUCUCUUCCCCCACACUCCCUUCGACCCUGUGUUGCCCUCAGAGGCCAAAUUCUUGGGCUCAGGGACUGGAUUUCGGCCUAUUGGUGGUGGAGCUGGGGGUUCUGGCAAGGAGUUUCAGGCAGCGCUUGGAGGCAAUGUGCCACGAGAGCAGUUCACGGUAGUGAUGUUGACUUACGAGCGAGAGGAAGUGCUUAUGAACUCCUUAGAGAGACUCAAUGGCCUUCCUUACCUGAACAAGGUAGUGGUGGUGUGGAAUUCUCCCAAGCUGCCAUCAGAGGACCUUCUGUGGCCUGACAUUGGCGUCCCCAUCAUGGCUGUUGGAAGACUUGACCUUGGGCAGAGGAGAGAUCAUUCUAAAGCCCUGCUUCUCAGAAAGUUGGUGGUCCGAACUGAGAAGAACAGUUUGAACAACCGAUUCUUGCCCUGGAAUGAAAUUGAGACAGAGGCUAUCCUGUCUAUUGACGAUGAUGCUCACCUUCGCCACGAUGAGAUCAUGUUUGGAUUUCGGGUUUGGAGAGAAGCUCGUGACCGCAUCGUGGGCUUUCCUGGCCGAUACCAUGCUUGGGACAUCCCUCAUCAGUCCUGGCUGUACAACUCCAACUACUCCUGUGAGCUGUCCAUGGUGCUGACAGGUGCUGCCUUCUUUCACAAGUAUUAUGCCUACCUGUAUUCUUAUGUGAUGCCCCAGGCCAUCCGAGAUAUGGUGGAUGAAUACAUCAACUGUGAGGACAUUGCCAUGAACUUCCUUGUCUCCCACAUCACUCGGAAACCCCCUAUCAAGGUGACCUCGCGGUGGACUUUCCGUUGCCCGGGAUGCCCUCAGGCCCUGUCACACGAUGACUCCCACUUUCAUGAGCGGCACAAGUGUAUCAACUUUUUCGUCAAGGUGUAUGGUUACAUGCCCCUCCUGUACACCCAGUUCAGGGUGGACUCUGUGCUCUUCAAGACCCGCCUGCCCCACGACAAGACCAAGUGCUUCAAGUUCAUCUAGGGGCGUGGCAAGUUCUGCGGAGAAGAUGGGCAGAGUGAGGAGAUGGUUCCUAAGGUUCCCAGGCAUGGAAGGACCUUGGGCACAUCUGCUGGGUAGGUGGCCCAGUCCUGUGUUGCAAGAGGCGGCGGGAAGAGUGGAGAGGAAGUAGCUGCCUUUACGGUGAAGUCAGCCACACUGGGCCUGGGCCCCCAGGCAGCAGCCCUGGGUCCCACACAGGGCACUGACGGAUAGCUUACACUGAGGACCGUGGCGACUCCGGGGAAUCGCGUAGUUCAUAAGCCCAGGACAGCUGGUUUGUGGUUUUUAGAUUCAGUAACAACUUUCAUUAUUUAAAGAGAAAGUUUCAGAUUUGCCACUCAAGGUUUACUUAUAUGUGUGAGUGUGUAUACGUAUGUAUGUGUGUUUACAUGCACACACACUCACAUACAUAUCUCUUUGGUAAGGGGAGUCCUACAUUUUUCCCCGUCUCAGUGUGGCACCUACCAGGCUCCUUACGCUCUGUAUUUUGGUGGCGAUGGAUCCUGGCGUUGUUACCUGGCUUAUGGGUAAAGAUCAGUUCCCUCGUCACCAAGAGAAUCUGUGCAAGAAACCAGAAGGGAUGGACGUGGCCAUCUGUGGGGAGGGGACCUUGGAGAAGAUAAGGCCUUCGGGCUCUUCCCUUGGCCUUCUCCUGGGCCCGUGGCCACCUGGAACCCCCACGCCCCUGUGCUGUAAGGCCUGGGGAGGAUGGCACCACAGGGAUGGUGGCGCUGCCUUGGGCUGGGUACAGUGGUUUUUGAGGCCAAGCUUAUCCCACUGUUGGCGCCAUCUCUCUCAUUGGCUCUCUUAUUGGAGAGAGAAGGUCGUGGAAGCCUGAAGACGGCACUCCCAAAUGGCGUCUUGUCCUGCACUCCUGUUAAAACACAUGUUGUGCUUUGGGCUCUGGGCUUUCCUCCAGUACUAUCUCCUGAGUCAGAGAAUAGGGGCUGUGGCAGGCUGCGCCUCCGUGUGGUCUGCAGGGCUUAGCUUAGGCUCCCUUCAGCGGAGAACAAGUGGCCCUGAGGAUCCCACCUGGCUGCCCGGGAAGUCUUGCAGCAGGGCAGCUGCCGUGGGAGACGUAAACCCCUUGGUGAAAUUCACCUUCCCCUCCACCUUCGUCUAGACCUCCAUCCUGUGUUACCUAUGGUUUUUGGACCCCUGAUGCCAGGUUGGCUUUAGGUCCCCCCCAAGGUUUGGGAUGUGCCAGUAAAAUGAGAGGCUGUGAUGUGCUAUGGAAGGUCAAGUCCAGUCUUGGAAUUGAACGCUCACACCCACGUUCUCACCGUCUGCUCCUUGUUCAAACGGCGGUUCCCUGGUUAAAACUGAACCAAGGAAACUCGAUGUGUGGGGCGGUCGUGCGGGAAUGAGGUGCGUGGUGGUGGCCUCGGUCAGGGAUUGAACCGUGACUUCUGGUCUCCUCAGCCCCACGCUGUUGCGGUGGAGCUGAGUACAGAAGGUUUCCAGCAACUGGAGAGAAGCUCAGGUCUGUCCUGGUCGCGCACAUGCCUUAAGCCGGUCGUCUUCCCAGACCUUGGCACCCUGUGCUGCUUGUUCUCCUCUGACCUGCCUCAGCCACAUGGCUGCUCUUGGAGCGCCCGUCCUGAAGCGAGGCUCUUUGCUGUGGAUACUGCCCAGCUGUGGGGCUGGCCUGGCCUGCGGGAGCGCUGCUCCUGGGAAGCAGAGCCAGGGCUGCUCCCAGGGCUGUCUCUCCGGAUGCUCUCCCGGAGGCGCCUGCCUGGGAGACGCGACUGUGCUUCUCGGCAGCCAGCGAAGGGGCCCGGGCCCUGCCCUUCACCUGAUGCUCCUUUCCCGACUUCGCGCUGAUUCUUUUUAGCAGUAGCCUUCCCUCAGGGGAGCCAAAGAGUGUGGUGUUUGGAGGUAUAUAUGUGGCUGCUAUUGUUCCUUUUAUAGUGAGGAACGUGUAAACUUCCUGGCACCUGGAGAGACGGGGUGAGGUCUGUGGUAGGACCCUCUUUGUGGAGCCAGAUUCUUGGGUCCCCGGAUGUUGCUGGCCCACCCACAAACAGCUGAGUGGUCUCAGGUUACGGACAGCAUGGGGAGGCUGCAGAGAAGGCCGUGACGCCAGAGUGUCAGAUGAGGCCAGCACCCUCCGGACCCAGGAGGAGACACUAAACCUGAAGGACUCGCAGCAGCAGGCGCUGGUGGACUCCAUGUGCUGCUCCCAAAUGCAAGGCAGGGGUGGCGUGGCACGCUGUGUGGGUAGGUGCUCCUGAGAGCAGCUGCCAGUCUGCAGGGUGCGAUGGAGAGAGUCCCAGGGCCAUGCCUUCCAUGCUGCUCACUGUGUGGACCCCCCGAGCUGGGACUCCUCAACACGGGAAGGCAGCUGUGCAGGCCCCAGGGUCUGCUUGGCUCUCUGUAGGUCACAUCUCAUUCCUGCUCUCAGCAUCCGGGGCCCAGGAUUGGCCAGUGCGCCCUUCACUGUGAAGGCACUCCCCUAAGUGGCAGCCUCCCCAGGAUGCCCCUCAUGCUGGGCCUUCGCCCCCUGGCGGGGCUUCUCUGCUCUGUACUCACGCCAGGGCUCCCUGACUGGUGGGGUCGUGGCCAGAUGUGGGGAGCAGUCUUGGUGGUAGCUGCCUGGGAGUAUGCACGGGGAGCUGCCAGGCUGAGGGUGGUAUUUUGAAGGGGGAAGCUCCGUGAUGUCCAUGCCGUGCCCAGCCAGCCCAACCCCAUCCAAUCAUGAGCACAAUGGUCUUAUGUUGGAUUUUUGUAUUAAAACAAAAAAACCCAAAAAUAAAUGGAGACUUUAACUCAA